AUGCACUCCAUACGAAGCCCGUUGACCACUUUCCAGCAGCGGAAGUUGAUCGUCGGCGGCGACCAGAGAGCCAGAGCGAGAGCGCACGAUGUCACGCCGAAGCAGCAGCACGGACUCCCCGCGGGGCGGCUGCAGCAGCACCAGCGAGUGGUACCAGCCGCAGGAGCCGUGCUGCGACUGCGACCACAGCCUGUUCCACAGCAGCGGCCGCGAGCACACGGCGGGCCUGGACGACUACGGCGACGACCAGGACCAGUUCAUCGUGCGCCGCGACUGCUCCAGGAAGUGCCGGCGGAGGAAGAGCGUGAGGCAAAAAGAAAGGCACGACUGGCCACUAAGACUGAAGACAAGAAACCCAACAAAAAGAAGUAAUUGUAGAAAAAUAAUAAAAGAAAAAUGUUGAGUAUUGAAAAACAGAGAUUGUAUGUUAAACACUUGCUUUGUUUGAACAUACAUUUCCCUUUGGCAAAUGAGAUGAACUAGAUGAGCAUACAACUCCCCUAAUUGACAAUGCUAACAAAAAAUUGUUAUGCUAAUGUCAUUUAGUUAUUGGUCAAUAAAAGAACUAAAGAAAAUGAAGCAACAAAAAACAGCAUCAACUGGCCACAUUCUGUUGUGUCAUGUAUGAAUAAAAUACGUGAACUCCAUUUGUAUGUUGAAUUUUAUAUCACUUAACAUAAAUACUUCAAUUACUGCUUCUACCUAGAAUAACAAUUCAUCAGUAUUCUUUUAUAAUAUAAUUAUGCUAUUUCAUUCCUUGUAACUCAUUUCCUGAGUUGAUAUUAUACAAAAAGCUCUGAAACACCACAUUGGACAAGAAGUAGUAUGGCAACUUAUAAUACACCCUAGUGUCCCAGCCUCCAUUUCUCUCUAGUGGUGUAGUCUUCAUACUCAAUCCUCUUUUCAUCAUUGCUUCUUCUUCUUCUUCUUCUUCUUCUUCUUCUUCUUCUUCUUCUUCUCUUUCUGCCCAUAAAGUCUAGGUCGUCCUCUU